AACAUCAUCAAAUAAAAAUAUAAUACGUGACAAAAAAGAAAGCAAAGCAUCAUUCAAAUAGACCCACACCUUCCCCUUAACCUCUUUUUACCAAAAUCCCCAACACAAAUUCUUCAAGACAAAUAGUGCUUGUUUAAUUUCAAUACAUUAUUUCUACCAUAUUAGCACAUACAUAUCAAUUUAAGAUUGUUUAAACACACGACCACACGAUUGUACGACGUAUAUAUAUAUGGUGUCGAAACGAGGUUAAACAUGUUAGAAUUGAGAUCAUCAGGAGGAGUUACAGGAUACUAUGCUAUUAUACAGAUGCAAAAACAAUCAUCAUUAUCGACAUCAAAAACGAUAUCAUAUGAAUUGGUUUGAGCAAUGGAUGAAGUACCAGGAACCACAGGAACGAGUGCAGGAUUCGCUUUGAGGCUUGGUCAGACCAUUUUUUCAUCCGCUUCGCUUCUCUUUAUGUCGUUUGGUGGUCAGUUUUAUAGCUACACAUCCUUCUGUUUUUUGGUGACAAUUAUGGGCUUGCUUAUUCCUUGGAGUUUCGCUUUGGCACUGCUUGAUGGAUACUCUGUGCUAAGAACAUGCCCAAUUCGACAAAAGGGGACACUUUUAAUUAUAGUAAUAGGAGAUUGGAUGUUAGCGACCCUCACACUGGGUGCAGCCUCAUCGGCAGCAAGCGUGAUGAAUAUCUUGCUUACCGCAGAUGGUUUCGUCUGCCCUCCAAAUGUAUGUAGCCGAUAUAUGCUUUCUGCCAUUUUCGCGUUCUUGUCAUGGUUCUUGUCUAUGACAUCUUCUCUGUUCAAUCUUUGGCUUCUUCCAUCAUUGUGAUUUGUUAUAGUUAAUUUUGAAAUAUACUUAUACGUUUUUGCAUACACAAUUGUAAAAAUUUAUAUGGGACUUGGGAAUCCCUUUCAUUAGGACUCGAAAUUUGUAGAUACAUUUUUCAAAUUAUAGUGUACCAUAUUUUUUACCAUACAAAGAAAGAAGACUACAAUACAGUAACUUUUUUUCUUUUUU